CAAAAAACGCAGUUAACGGAAAACAAACCUAUUCCGCGGCUGCCGUCGUCAGCUCCGCUACCGCCCACCACCUCUCCUUUGCAGUAACCUAAGCUGUAAUUCAGAGGUGGAAAAAUGCCACGAACAACCACAGUAGAAUCUGCUGGCUGUCCUCCACUUCGCGCCCUAACUUUCGAUGUUCUCGGUCUCAUCAAAGUCACUGAAGCACGAAGUAAGCUAGGAGGAGUUCUAAGGUGGUCGAGAGAUGGGCUGUUAGCUGUUGCAAGGAAAAGUGGUGUGAUUGAAUUGAUUAGCUCCAUCAAUGGUGAUCUUCGAGUUUCACUUCCUAGUGGCAACCAGCUGAUGUCCAGUCUCAAGAAGAUAAUAUUGUUGGGUUGCAUUUGUUCAAAAAACAAACAUCUGAAUCAUCAUCCACCAGGUCAUGCACCUUGCUUACAUGCACAACAAAGGGCUUUCAACCCUGAGAUCUUUAACACUACCAAAAUCACCAGGGACUCCACUAGUGACGAUGAUCAAGUCACAUGGAAUGUGUGUGCAGCUGGUAAUGUCUUAUGUUGUAAAGUGGAUGAUAAUGAAAACUACGCCUUAUUUGGAGGGAAAGGAGUAGAAGUUAAUAUAUGGGAUCUUGCAACACAUACGAAAAUCUGGACAGCAAAAUCACCUCCUAAAAACAGCCUUGGGAUAUUUACACCAACCUGGUUUACUUCAGCCACAUUUUUAUGCAAAGAUGAUCACCGCAAGUUUGUGGGAGGCACCAACAGCCAUCAGGUACGAUUGUAUGAUAUGGCUGCUCAAAGAAGACCUGGAUGUCAUUUGAUUUUCGUGAGACACCAAUUAAGGCAAUCACUGAAGAUCAAGAUGGCAAUACAAUUUACAUUGGGAAUGGAUCUGGUGAUCUUGCAUCUGGAAACUUUGGGGCUGCUUUUGGGGAAAUGUUCUGGAAGCAUCAGAUCAAUAGCCAGGCAUCCGGAUCUCCCAGUGAUAGCUUCUUGUGGACUUGACAGCUAUUUGCGCAUAUGGGAUAUAAAAUCAAGGCAGCUACUCUCUGCGGUUUUCUUAAAGCAGCAUCUCACAAAUGUCGUCUUCGAUUCUCAUUUUAACGAUGAAGGUUAG